AAAAACAAAGCCUGAGCAGAGAGACUUGAUGCCCAUCAAAGCAAAAGCGGAGGACCAUAGGAGGAAAGCAAGUGGACUUUCCCUUCCCGCCCAAAAGUAUAAGCAAAACUGCAAAUGCCUCUGCAUGGACUUCCACUUUCCUUUAUUAUAUUCACUGGCACUGUAGAUCUUCAAACCAGUUUCUUGUUCAGAUUGUAUCGUCUUUUCCCAACAAUUUAUUGUCUCUAGAUCCUCUAAAUGAAGCAGCAAGAGAUCAACGAAUCAUUCCAUCUCUCAAUUCCCCGAAACCGCAAACGAUGCCUACGCAACAAGCCAUCAGUACUCCUCCAACGCCGGUGCCGCCACCGCAGCAGAGACGGAAAGGCGCUGGAAUCAGGGCUUGGCUAGUCAUCUCAGCUUCGGGAAAUUCACAUCUGGAAGAGGUUGGAAAGCAUUUGAUCAUGCGAAGAACUGGGCUUCCAGCUCGUGAUCUAAGAGUUCUUGAUCCUGGGCUUUCGUAUCCCUCAACGAUUCUUGGCCGAGAUAGAGCGAUUGUUGUGAAUCUUGAGCAUAUUAAAGCGAUCAUUACUGCAACUCAGAUUUGGGUUCUUAAUUCCAAGGAUCCUUCGGUUGUCCCUUUUGUUCAUGAUCUUGAAUGCCGCGUCUCAAAUCUGAAUGAGACGCGAAAUGCAACUAUGGAGGAAUCGCCGGGAGUUCUUGAUUCUCGGCAUUCUUCUCAGCGGUUUGGAAGAUCUACCUCUGGAAGCCCUGAAGCGGAGAUGCUUGAAACGAAUGGUAGUGGGAGUCUUGUGUAUACAGGGGAUAUGCAAGUCGAGGGUGCCGUUAAGGUGUUGCCUUUCGAGUUGCGGGUUCUUGAAGUUUGCUUUGAGUCUGUUUGCAGGAGCCUUGAAGCUGAGACCUCCACAUUGGAGCAAGAGGCAUAUCCAGCUUUAGAUGAAUUGACCUCUAAAACCAGCACACAUAAUCUCCAACGCGCUAGACAUAUAAAGAGUCGUCUAGUUGCAUUAUUUGGGCGUGUUCAGAAGGUGAGAGAUGAAUUUGAAAAUUUAUUGGAUGAUGAUAUGGACAUGGCUGAGAUGUAUUUGACAGAUAAGCUCUUCGAUCUACAAGUUGAAGAAGAUGCAUCAAAAAAAGAACUAGAGAAGGAUAUUGAUACAUUUGAUUUAGAUAAUGAAAGUGGUGAAGACUCACAAAAUAACAAAAGUAGCAGUGGAAGAGUUACUGGAUUUAAGCCAAAUGUUGAAGAGUUAGAGAUGCUGCUAGAAGCUUACUUUGCACAGAUAGGGGGAACCUUGAACAAGCUGUCAGCUUUGAGGGAGUAUGUCGAUGACACUGAGGAUUAUAUCAACAUUAUGCUGGAUGACAAACAGAACCAGUUGCUGCAGAUGGGAGUUCUGUUGAGCACGGCAACUUUGUUGUUGAAUGCAAGCAUAGCUGUUGUUGCUUUAUUUGGAAUGAAUAUCAAGAUUUCUCUCUUUAAAACUGGGCCUGCUGAAUUUUGGGAGACCGCAAUAGGUACUGUUGUUGGUUCUUUGGCUUUAUAUUUCAUAGCAUUCUACAUGGGUAAGAAGAAAGGACUACUGGAGUGAAGCCGCUGCUUCAGUAAGUCUCAGUUAUUGAUAAUAAAGAUCUUUUGGAUCUAACAGUGAUUGUGCAAUAAUAAUGUAUAAUUCCAACUUAAUAAUUCUAUUUUGAUUUAGUUGGCAGUUUUGCCCUA